AAACUGUUCAUCAACACAGGUCGGGGAAGCCGAAGAUUCCACCGGAAGUAGUAUUCUUGUUUACAGCAGUUAGCUAAGGUGCUAGCUAGUUAGCAAAGUAGCUACCGGUAGAUCUAUCUAGCUAACAUAAAAGAGGAGGAUGAGCAGCUCGGAGGAGGUGUCCUGGAUCUCCUGGUUCUGUGGCCUGAGGGGGAAUGAGUUCUUCUGUGAGGUUGAUGAGGACUACAUUCAGGACAAGUUUAACCUGACAGGGCUCAAUGAGCAGGUGCCACACUACCGCCAGGCCCUUGACAUGAUCCUGGACCUGGAGCCAGAUGAGGAGCUGGAGGACAACCCCAACCAGAGUGACCUGAUAGAGCAGGCAGCAGAGAUGCUGUACGGGCUGAUCCACGCACGCUACAUCCUCACCAACAGAGGCAUCGCUCAGAUGCUGGAUAAGUACCAACAAGGGGACUUUGGCUAUUGCCCAAGAGUGUACUGUGAGAAUCAACCCAUGCUUCCUAUUGGUCUGUCAGACAUCCCAGGUGAGGCGAUGGUGAAGCUGUAUUGUCCAAAGUGCAUGGAUGUGUACACCCCCAAGUCCUCCCGGCACCACCACACGGACGGGGCCUACUUUGGGACAGGCUUCCCCCACAUGCUAUUUAUGGUGCACCCAGAGUACCGGCCAAAACGACCUGCCAACCAGUUUGUGCCAAGGCUUUAUGGCUUCAAGAUCCACCCCAUGGCUUAUCAACUCCAACUCCAGGCUGCCUCCAGCUUCAAGAGUCCUGUGAAGGCUAUUCGCUAGAACUUACACACCCGGCCGGGAAAGAGACAUUUUGACUUGGUUGAAAUGGAAGCAGUGGAUUAUGUAGCUCAAUAAAGGCUUGUUAAAAACACAUUAUGACAGAUGAAAUACAUGCAUGUAGAUCAGGGAUGGGAAAGUCCAGUCAUCAGGGUCGCAGUGGUGUCACACUAUUACCCCAUUCAUAGCAAACACCGCUGAUUAAACACAUUGCAUUCUAAACUGAGGAUCAUGAUUAGUUCAUUAUUGGAGUCAGUUGUGUUAGCUGCAGCAAAAAUAUGACAACAAUCAGGCCCCAGAAGGACUGGAGUUGACCAUCCCUGGAUGUCCGGACCAGGCCAUCAUCUGUCUGUUACACAGAAUGCUCUUUGGUGAUUGGCUCUAGCCUUUAGCCUAUCAUAACCCUACUGACUACAAUCUUGCAACUCUUCCCCUCUCCUUGACAGAACCCAAUCUUUCAAACCUUUUUUCAGUUUGGCUCGCUAAGGCAGGGUCCUGAGCCCCCCCCCCCCCCCCAGGUGCAAGUUUUGAUUUUUGCCUAAUUCUGAUCUUUUGCCCAAUUCUUGUCAAAAGAGCUGAUGUGAUUGGUCAGAAUUGGGCAGCCUGUGUGAGCGCCUCCUAAUACCUGUUUUCACACUAUCAUGCCGACCUGCACCGUAUUGGGCUGACUCGGAUACAUUCUCUUCAUGGUUCCAUUACCGACCUGCACCGUAUUGGGCUGACUCGGAUACAUUCUCUUCAUGGUUCCAUUACCGACCUGCACCGUAUUGGGCUGACUCGGAUACAUUCUCUUCAUGGUUCCAUUACCGACCUGCACCGUAUUGGGCUGACUCGGAUACAUUCUCUUCAUGGUUCCAUUACCGACCUGCACCGUAUUGGGCUGACUCGGAUACAUUCUCUUCAUGGUUCCAUUACCGACCUGCACCGUAUUGGGCUGACUCGGAUACAUUCUCUUCAUGGUUCCAUUACCGACCUGCACCGUAUUGGGCUGACUCGGAUACAUUCUCUUCAUGGUUCCAUUACCGACCUGCACCGUAUUGGGCUGACUCGGAUACAUUCUCUUCAUGGUUCCAUUACCGACCUGCACCGUAUUGGGCUGACUCGGAUACAUUCUCUUCAUGGUUCCAUUACCGACCUGCACCGUAUUGGGCUGACUCGGAUACAUUCUCUUCAUGGUUCCAUUACCGACCUGCACCGUAUUGGGCUGACUCGGAUACAUUCUCUUCAUGGUUCCAUUACCGACCUGCACCGUAUUGGGCUGACUCGGAUACAUUCUCUUCAUGGUUCCAUUACCGACCUGCACCGUAUUGGGCUGACUCGGAUACAUUCUCUUCAUGGUUCCAUUACCGACCUGCACCGUAUUGGGCUGACUCGGAUACAUUCUCUUCAUGGUUCCAUUACCGACCUGCACCGUAUUGGGCUGACUCGGAUACAUUCUCUUCAUGGUUCCAUUACCGACCUGCACCGUAUUGGGCUGACUCGGAUACAUUCUCUUCAUGGUUCCAUUACCGACCUGCACCGUAUUGGGCUGUCUCGGAUACAUUCUCUUCAUGGUUCCAUUACCGACCUGCACCGUAUUGGGCUGACUCGGAUACAUUCUCUUCAUGGUUCCAUUACCGACCUGCACCGUAUAGGGCUGACUCGGAUACAUUCUCUUCAUGGUUCCAUUACCGACCUGCACCGUAUUGGGCUGACUCGGAUACAUUCUCUUCAUGGUUCCAUUACCGACCUGCACCGUAUUGGGCUGACUCGGAUACAUUCUCUUCAUGGUUCCAUUACCGACCUGCACCGUAUUGGGCUGACUCGGAUACAUUCUCCAUGGUUUCCUUUCCCGCAUGGUUCCAUUACCGACGGUGGACACGUAACUUGGCAGUGUGAAAAGGGUGAUAUACAACAAUCUUCAAUGAUUAUUCAUAUCCAGAUGAUUGGCUGAGAAUCCAAUUAACAACCAGUUUGAUAUGUAUUAUAGAUUCCUUAGAGAAUGGAUGCUGCACAAAUUGAAGACAGAGUUUAUUAGAUGUAUAUGUUCUCAGGGUGAAGGGCAACAUGGGUCUGCUUUGUGCUGACAUAAAAUACCAGUGCUGGAACACUCACUGUCCCAAAGUGAAAAUGGCCGGGCCACUUAAGCCAUCAUUAGUUGUAAACAUGUCCGUGACAGAGCAGUUGUCUCUUGACUGGACACUGAGACUCAUGGUUUCUCUUGCAUUGGUCUGUUACAAUAUGAAGUGAUAUUGAACACACAGGUGGAUGUCUUUCAUGUUGAUAACCUGCAGCUACAACUAGUUUACAUUAUGGUACUACAUUUUACAUGAAAGAUUUGUUUCUUUCAGUCUACAAUUCCAGUGGUAAAGCUAUUAUUGAUUUUCUGAAUUCUGUAUGCAAGCAUCUGGAAUUAAAAAUGUAAUAAAAUUGUAUUUCUUACAA